CAAGUUCUAGUUCUAUUCAAAGGACAGCUCUGAUCUAGCUACACAAACCAAGAAAUUAAACGAAAGAUCAACUUAAGGUAUGGGUUCAAAUGAGCAGAAAGUGUUAGACUUGAAGAAACAGUUUGAAGAUUGUGUAGAAAGUCAUACAUCAGUAGAGGAAAAUGGCCAGCACAUUAUUCAGUUUCCUCUACCACAAGGAACCGUGAAGGAACAGAUAAAGUUAAUUAUAAGUGGUGAGAAUUGGAUGAGAAUCGAAUGGACGCCGGAAGGGGAAACGGAACCCUUUGUAAAAACUCUACGCAAUCUUCUAUCGGAAAAUCAUGACAAAGACGAAAUUACAGCAAUGUUUGUAAACGGCGUUCUCGGAAUCAUUCAGCCACCGCUGAAGACUCAUGCAACUCUACAACAUGAAAUACCAUCGGCUGCAAUUGUACAAAAUCCGCCACAACCAGACACCAGACAGAGCACUGAUAAAAGUGAUCAAAAUGAUGAAACUGCUAGAAGAAGAGCUGAGGAAGAACGUGAUGGCGGCGGCGGCCUUGAAGCCGGAAGCAAGAAAAGCAAAAGUAUGGGUAAAGAAGAAGAAAGCCGUACAGGCGGAAUUCCAGCGGCGGCGGCGACCAUGACCGAAGCAGCCGGUUAUUAUGAAGUGGCAAAAAAACUGAUAAGGACUCAUCAACGGAAAAUAUUGAAUGUGGCUGUGGGUUUGGCGAUACUAGGCAUUAGCAUGUAUGUUAUACCCGGCCACCGCUGCCGCCGCCGUGAUUAUUGAUUAAUACUCCGUAUCUGAGGAAGCUAAUUAAUUAUGAUUUACGUUAAAAUUAAAGCAUACGUAUAAAUUGUAAGCGAAUAAAUUUAGCAAGCGAGCUGUAUAUAUUCACGCAUGCGAAUAAUAGAGAUGAUCGGUAAUGAAUUGCAAUUUGUUUA